AUGUUUGCUUCGAUAGCUGAAGUGCUUUCGUCCACCCACAAAUACCAACCACUUCCCGCAAACGUCACACGAUUGGGUUAUUUCAAUACACCAUUCAUGGUGGUAACACCGCAUGGCACUGUGAUCAACGAUUCGAUUAUCAUUUACUGUCACACGUUAACAGAAACCCUCGAACAAGCGCUUGAAACAGCUCAAAUCGUCUCGGACAUCUGUGGAGUCCCAACAUUAUGUUUUGAGUAUUGCGGGUUUUACAGUUCGUCGGAGUACACAAAAGGAAAUUUACUAUGUGUGAUGUUGGAUGUCUAUCAGUACGUAUUAACUCAAUAUCCGUCGUCAUCGAUAUACUUGAUUGGUAACGUAGAAGGCUGUUUCCCCGCAAUUGAAUUGGUCGACAUCUGUCGGCGCCAGAAAUUGGAAUUAUCGGGCGUUAUACUGUUAAACCCUUCCGAGCUCAAGACAAGUAAAUACAAAGUCUCGAAGUUCCGGAGUUGCGUCAUGUCAAGUAGCUCCAUCACGCUUCGCGGAAAGGCUAAGAAAGUCGCGAAGAAGUUUGAAAGGUGUCAAGAAGUCUUUUUUGAGACAAAGGAACUCAAUCUGUUCGAAGCCGAGACAGAUGAAGUCAUGAGAAAUAUCAUUCAGAUCAUUCGAAUGGAAAUGGUCGACGUAAAAACAAUGGAAAAGGAGUUUCUGACCUUCGAAAAGCCCGCAAUGUUUAAAGGACCCUUUGAACUCGUCAACGAAUUUGUGAAUGAUGAACCUCUGGCCAAUUUCCUUUUAAGUUAUGGCUAUUUCGACAAAGAAAUCAUUUGCUCAAUGACCCACGACGAGAUUGAAAGCUUGCCAAUCGAUAUAACACAAAAAGAAAUUCUCAAAAAUGUUAUUGAAAAGUCAAAGAAAAAUAGUGAAGUCGUCGAAAGCCCAUCAGCACCUGCGGCUUCGCCGCAGUUGCCCAAAACACCGGCUUUUGUCACAGUCCCCAUUAAAGAGAGCAAAUUUAAAGGACUUUCCCCUCUUUUUACGGGAAGAAGUAUUUUCUCACAGUCAAAAAGAACUCUUGGCGUUUCGUCUAGCAUCUCAAUCUCCGAGAAGAAAAGUGAUAAAAGUCAAAAAAACAUCAAGAAGAGAAGUGAGGUCUUCAGGAUUAAAACGCCAGAACGAGCGCAGCGCAAAAGCGACGAAAUUAUAGAGGUAGUACUUGAUGAUGAAAAUGAAAAGGUGAACAAGCAGAAAAUCCAUCGAACUCAUUUCACUACAGACGCUGAUGUCAUGAUACUUUAA